AUGCGAGUCCUAAAAAUUCACGAGGUUCACUCAGUGAAAGAAGGUUGGAUUCCCAAAGUAGCUUUCACACGCUUGAAAUCAUCAGCUCAUGUUAACGACACACGAUUAGUGCUCCAGGAACGUGUUGAUUGGCAACCUGGUGACGAAAUCAUGGUGGGAAGGACAGGCUUUGGAGAUGCACAGCAGCAAGAAGAAAUGGCUGUUAUUGAGUUUGUGAAUGACACUGAGCUGUACCUUAGAUCACCGCUCAGGUACUCCCACAAUGUUGGAGAGGCAUGGGUGAACGGCCAAAGCCUGCCUUUGAGUGCUGUGGUGGCACUGAUUAGCAGAAGGGUUGUUGUUCAAGGAAAUGUCACGAUGGAGAGGAUGUCACACCUCAGACAGUGUGUAAAAGCAGGUGUCACAAGAGGUGGCUCCAGGUGUCUGUACAAGAGAAGCGAGAGGCAGCUGGGGUCUCGGGACCUGGGGGCCAUCGUGGUUGUGGAGGCCUUCCAGGGAGAGGUGAGUCGGCUCCGGCUGGAGGGGGUCCAGUUCCGCCACGUGGGCCAAGAGUUUCGGCAGCACCGCAGUGCCCUGACUGUUGCUGGCAACGCGUGGAUGGCAGACUCUUACAUACGUGGCUGUUGUAUUUUGGACUCCUUUGGCCAAGGACUCCGUCUGACCGGGAUCUCAAACCUUAGUGUGGAGAGUAAUGUUUUCUAUAACAUUUCAGGCCAUGGGCUUCUACUGGGAGAGGGACUGGAAGAGGGGAACAGAGUCAGUAACAACAUAGUGAUUGGCCUUUCUGGAACAGACGGUUUAUCCAACAUUGAGACACUGUCACCAGCAGGGAUCUACAUCAGGGCUCCUGCCAACAACAUCAAGGGUAACACAGUGUGUGCUGCUGGGUACGGCUAUUUCUUUCAUCUCUCCCCUGAGGGACCAUCCAAAAUACCUCUCCUGUCCUUCAGUGAGAACGUAGCUCAUUCCUGCACAAGGUACGGCUUGCUGGUGUACCCAGAAUAUUUGCCAGACAGCCCAAACCGACCUGUUCAGUUCAACAACUUCACAGCUUGGAGCAGCCAAGGUGGAGCACAGAUUUUUAGUAGCAGCAACCUUGAACUCCAACAUUUCUGGAUUUACGCUUGCAAAGACUUUGGCAUUGACAUUGUAGAAAGCCUGGGAAACACUUCUGUAGCUGAUAGCGUUUUAAUUGGACACAUUGGGCAAAAGGAUAGGACCUGUAUGUCGGCAGGACUGAAAACUCCCAAAAGAUACCAGCUAUUCAUCUCUAACACAGCUUUCAGGAACUUUGAUGCGAACACUUGUACAGGGAUCAGGACUUGUUCCGGCUGUUACCAAGGGCAGGGUGGCUUUAUAGUGAGUGCUGAACGUCUGACCUUCAUCAACUCACCCUUCCAAGUGUCCUUCCCCUUUCCUCACUCUGCCAUCCUUGAGGAUCUCGACGGCUCUGUCACGGGGCAGAAAGGAAGUCAUCUCCUCCCUUCCACAGAUAUUCUUGCAGUAUCUUGCACAGCCAUUGCCAACUUCAGUCAAGCUUCUGGUGGCAGUGUUUGUGGAAGCGACCUUGUUUUCCACCGGGGAUAUAAACUGGCCUUUGUAGAACUAAGAAUCCAGCUCAAGGUGGGCACUGAUGUUCAAAGUGAGAUCAAUGGCCAAGCCCCAGACAGUCAGAGAUUUAGUGGGCGAAUUGCAAACUUUGCCAAGAUUUUCUAA